UGGACUCAUCGAAAGUCUAAACGCGACAAAAAAAGUAUGUGCUGAUUUUCGAAAGUAUGUGUUGAAUGGUGUAUUGUUUCAUCAGUAUCUUGUAUGGUCUAAAAGACAAAACGGGACAGCCGUUGGAUUUAUCACAGAAGCUAGGGAAGCAUUACAUCAAUUAACUAAAUGUAAAUCCCCUACGAUCGCAGCGCAUGCAGUGCAAGAGUAUAAAGAAGUGAAUGAACUUUAUAAUAUCUAUGUUGGAAUAAAUGAUACAGUGACAUUUCAAGUUGUUCCAAGCAAAGCAGAUCUUCAGGCAUUAAUUCCUGGAGGUCGUACAUCUGUAGAUUUGAUAGAAUACACACCACCGGCGCCCGUUUUCGGGCCUGGGGUUGAUAGAACCAGUAAAUCGGAAUCAGGAUAUAUAUUAAAAAAUCAUUAUUAUUAA